CAAUAAACAAAAUGGCGACUACGAAGGGAAGAAAACAGGGAAAGGCCAAGGAUUCCUCGGUAAUCUCGUCUGGUUUUCAUGAGUUCUUUGAAAAAGUACCUGUUUAUACUGAGUUUUGUUUCUUUCGUUUAGUCCAAAGUGCUUUUACAGGUCAUAAACACGUUGUUAAGCAGGUGAGUCCGAAACGAACUUUUUGCAGCUCGGAAUUCGCAAAUAUUUAGGCGGACACCACAGUAAGCUUAAUCAUGGAGACAAUGCGUGAACUUUAUAGAUUAUGCAUCAAGCACCGUAGGAGAACUGCACGUUUAGAUGGUAUUUUUCUUGCAUAAUUCUUUUGAAUCAAAAAAGAAAUGUUGGAAAUUGCGAGCCAGCUGUUCAAUGGACAUUUCCGCAAUACUUUCUUUUGUAGUAAGGCUGGUUUGCAAAUGUCGCGAAAAUCUGCGAUAUUGCCAAACUGCGGAAUACCAUGCAGAGCAGGCUUUCGCUUGAUAUUAUUUACAAUUUUCAUGAAAGCUCCUUUUCAUUUGAAAAUGACUUGGUAAUGACUUAGACGGGAAGAAAAUUAUUCCCUUAUUUCCGGCUGGGAUUUCAAAAGUCCAAAUUUUGUUAGGCGUGUGUCUGGUAUCCUCAUUAUGUUUCGUUCAGUUCAAAGUGGAUUCUUCUAUUGUCAACAACUCUUAUCUAGUUUUGUUGUGCAUCGGCCUUUGUAUUCUGAACUUUUAGAUAUGUGCAGGCAUUAUAUAAAGCUGAUACAGGGAAUCUAUGUUUCUUUUGUAAGGGGUGUGAGGUACCCAUGGGUCAGUUGCUUUGAUGAACACUUAUUGGAAUCAUUGUAAUGUGUGAGGGGAUUGAACUGAGGCAUCGGAAGGAAGAGAAAAACGCUUAAAUGAACGGCAGUUCAUACAUAAACGAUUGAAGUUUAAGGAAAUUGCUCCCUAUUGCAGAAACCAGGGAAGCAUGAAGAACAUAAUUUGGCAAACACCAUACACUUAAUGUAUGGUCCUGUGGGCAACUAGUUAGUUUUGUUUUCCCUCAAGUCCUGAUGUUUUCCUUGUCUUAGUCUCAGGAAACAUAAGGAACUCUUGGGAAAACAAAACUAACUGUUUCCCUUGGGACCAUACAUUAAUUGCUUUGUUAUAUAUUUAGACUUUCCAUUAAACAAUCAUGAGGCAAAAGGAUGCUGUUGUAUUUGGCACGUGGGCAACAACUGCGCAAUUGUAUCCCAUUCAGGACACAUUUGAAUUUGAUUAGGGGCAUGUGACCAAGAAUCAAACAAUUAUAGUGCUUGUUUUGUGGAGUGAAAGUCCAGGUAUAUAACAAAAUUCAUUGUCUUUUGAGACUAGGGCUUUAAUUCAUAGUAGUAUUGGGUCGUAUGAGAAACUUUCCAAAGCCUGCUUGCAGGAGGGUAAAUUUUUCCUAUUGGUCAUGAGCUAUGUUUGGAAACAGUUUUGUAUAGGAGCUUCAUAAUGUUAGAUGAAGACAUUGGUGAUUGAUUAAAGAAUAAUACACAUUGUUAUAUCAUAUGAUGAAACAUUGUACAGAAUUGAUGGUUUAUGACGUCAAGGUGUCUAAAACUGACAGAUUGUGUUCUUCUUACCUGUCAAUGUACUUGGACCAAUCAAGUAAAAAUAGAAAUAAAAUUUGUUUGUUUUUUUGAUCAGUGAUAAUGCAGAAAGAAGAGUUAUUGAAAGAGAAAGAUUGCAACAUGAACUGAAUGAAUAUGAUGACAAGCUUAACAGACAGGUGGAGGGUAAGGCAUUCUUUGUUUUAGGAAAAGUAGAGAUCAUGACAAAGUUUUGUGCAAAGGAAUGUAUUUGUAUGGUGUGUAUACAGGGCAGCACAAUUUUUUUAUUUUCAUCUUUAACUUAGAGUGACAGACUCUAUAUAAAGGAUUUAUAUUUUUGGUUUAAUUUAAUCUUUUAUGGGUCUCAGAGACUUCAAGCUAAAUUUAGGUUGGCAGCUAUGUUCUAUAUGUCUUGUUCAUUUAUAAAUGUGGUUGAAAUGAAUGUAAGUGUUGUUGUUUUUUAAAAUUAUUUUUUGCUUCAUUUGUUUCUGUGUCAUGAUUAUUUUCUCUUCUUUUUAUUCUGAGUUAUUCCAGUUACAUGUAUCUGUUCUGUCCUAAGUAAAAGUAAUGUAAAAUUUCCUAGAAUACAGCAGAAGGCUGAAGAACAACAAAGAGCAUUGAAAUUGUGGUCCACUUCUUGAGAAGUGUAAUACAUGUUGGUGCAUGUGAUUGAGGGAUGGAUUGAACCACAUUUUACAUGUAACUUUUGAAUGAUUUGCCCUCCUACAGCACACCAGGAUCACUUGAAAUCAAGCAUUCAAACAUUUACUGGAAUCUCAACAAGAAUUGAAGGUCUGUUUUUGUGAUUUUGGGGCAAUAACCUGUAUUUUGAAAUCAGGUUAAGAUGAGGGGUGUUUCUUAUGAUACAUUUUUUCCUUAAGUCAUAUUAAGGAAAAGAUGUAUCAUAUAAUGAAAUUAUAGGAAUAAAGUUGCAAUUAUAGAAAAGGGUUUUUCUUGUAACCCUUCUGUUUAAGAAAGUAAGAGAGGAGGGGGGACAGUUAUGCGAGGGAGCUACUUAUUUGGAAUUAUGGCCUCGGGACUGGGUGUGUAUUUGGUUAGGGUGCCUAUUAGAGCAUAAAAGGCACUUAUUGGAGGAAGUAUGUUAACACAUAGGUGAGAUUGUCAGAUUAGACCAGGGUUUCUUUGUUUUAUCAAGCUUUUUAAUUCAGGGGCUAAUCUUUGGAUUUUUAUUUCAAAAUAUACACAGCAUCUCUUCAGAAAGUGAAAGUUCUUAGAGAGAAUUUGUUAGCAUGCAAGUCAUUACUGCACUGUAAGAGGGAAGAGUUGAAAAAGUAUUGGAUGGAUGGCUUGGAGUACAAUGAAGUUUUAAAUCUUUUAGACAGAAUGUAAGUAGUUUCCUUUUGUAUUAUCAGACUAGGCGGCUUUAUACAUGUAUGUUGACCGAAAGGAUGGUAGUCUAUUUUCAAGGGGUAAAAACAGUGUUUUGCACUCAGCUUGCACUCACAGCUCAGUUUUGGUGGAAUAUUGGUUUUAAGAAAAGGAAAUUAGAUUUACUUCCUUAUCUCAAUCUUGUCUUCUUCUGUAAGGAUUUGAGAAACAAAACAUCUGGGUGUAGGCUCUUGUAAAUAAUAAACAACACAUGUAGUAUGGUUCAUUGUUAGCAUAACAAGGGGUGAAUUUCAUCAAAUUCUCCUCCACCAAUUCAUUUAACUUUUUACUUCCAAACAUCAGCAUCCAUAUUUUCCAUACUCCUCUCGAAACAUUCCCUUUAGAACUGACAGGAUAAUCCGUUAGAUAUGAUCAUUUCCUUUAUUUUUUGUGACCUUAAUGUGUAAUUCAAAUGUGAUGUUGUGAGGUGAAGUUAGAUGCUUGUAACUCUUAGGGGCCAAAGGGUUAUUAAUCAUCAAGACCUCAGUAAGCAUGCAGUACUCUUACUAGAAUUUUAAAUUAUUUUGUUUUGUUAUGUGUUGUGAUGUGUAAGUGUGAUUUUCAAGGAUUUUUUACUGAAUCAGAAAGCUCGCUGUAGUGCUGCAGAGUCAGUGUUGGUGGCUGUCUGUGAGAAUUUAGCUCGUAGUUUGCAACGGGUUAAAUUUUCACCGCAAGCCACCUCCACUGCAGUGGAUACACAACAUGUAGUUGUUAAGUGUAGGUGACUAUUCAUUCAGCAUGUAUGCACUGAGUUACAUGUCCAUAUGCACAUGGCUUCUCAACUGGAAUGCUUUUGAACAGGUCUAUAGAAGAGGUGAUGAUAAGAAUAGUAGUAGUAAUAACCGUUUAUUCACAGUAUCUCUAUCAAAUAAACAUGGCUUUUCACUGGACUUGUGUAAACUACCCCCACACUGACAAACAAUGAAAUAGUUUAUUAAAAACAAAGCUGUUUUCAAGUAAUAAAUUUAAAGUCUUUUCUUGUCUAAAAGCUGUCUCAUCUACGUGUAAAUCACACCAAACUGAAGAACCUUUUAAAACCCUGUAAAUAUAGCAGUUGCCAGCUCAGAUCUUCAUAUACAAUCCUGUAUCUAGUCUCUCUGUGUAAUUGUUUUUCUUAUUUUUAGAGAUCAAGUUAAGAAUGUCCCUGAACAGAUUGAGAAAUAUAAGAAAAAAAAUAUUACCUGCAUGCAACAGAGCUUCUUGUGUCUACAGGUUUGUACUGUCAUGUUUUGUUUUAAAAAGAAAAAGGAGGAUGGUAAGUCUUAAGCUUAGUAAAGUAACAGAGAAAGAUGUUUUUUGUCUUGUCAUGAGUGCAACAAGACAGAAAACAUCUUUCUCUGAUCCAUUCUAUUUUGCCUGUCCAGAAAGUAUGUUAUUAUCCAUAGGAAGGUUAUCUUGGUUUUGUUAGAGUUAAGUACGAGAAAAGAGUGCUCCAUGUAUAUGUACUCAACUGCUGUAUAGGACAAUAGUCUAUUGGAUUUAUUACUUGACUUUCACACUUUCUCUGCUUUUGCUGUCAUUUUAGUGAUACCUAAAUUUAUUGUAAAUGUACAUGUUCUUCCUUGUAGAGAGAGGCAUUAUUAAAUUAUAGUAAUCAUGAACGCAAAAGAGUCCCUACCCUGGGCUGGAACAAGGAGCUAUAGAACUGGAUUCUGGUGCACUUGUCUUCAGAAUGAUCCCUCACUAUUACAGUUAUGUUAUCCCAUUCAGUGAUGAAAAAGGGUGUAAGAUGGAGAUACAUGUAGCUAGAAAUACAACUGUGCAUGUAUAUUUUUGAAAAUAUGCCUUGGGGGGGGGGACCUUAAGAUAAAACGAUCUUAAUUUUUAUUUGUGUAUUUCUUCAGUUUCUCUACUAG